AUGAAUCAGAAAAUUGUGAUGAGAAAUGAAGACCAGGAAGUUGAAGUCUCUGGAACAGAAUAACCAGUUGAAAUAUAAUAGGAGACCAUCAAAUUAAAUGAAGCACAUAUUGACUUAAUUGUCAAAGAAUUCGAUGUUGAUAGAUUUUAAGCCACAAGAUGGCUCAAAAAGAAUGAUGGAGAUUUGCAAAAGACUAUCAAGUGGAUAAUUAGCAAUUGAAUUAUACCUUUACAUAAUGAAAAUUUAUGCAAAAUUU